UGGCUUACUUUUACCAAACUUUCAACAGAACUGAGUCUCCACGUUGGCGUAACCCUAAGUAUUCAGACCAAUUAAAUCACUUUUGCUACAGGGUUCACGUUAAGAGCUGCCCGGAGUACUCCAGACGCUGAGAUGAUGGAGGAGGAGAAGGAGAUGAAAGUGAGCGGCAUUCAGGAGAAGAUGAAGGAAUUCGAUUUUAUGGCUUACUUUUACCAAACUUUCAACAGAACUGAGUCUCCACGUUGGCGUAACCCUAAGUAUUCAGACCAAUUAAAUCACUUUUGCUAUUGGGUUCACGUUAAGAGCUGCCCGGAGUACUCCAGCUGCAAGUUCCCAAUUCUGCCGGUGAUAGAUGGUGUGGUGAAGCCUUGCAGCUACUCCGAGUUAGAAAAUAUUACUAACUUUGAGACUUGCUUGAUUCAGUAUACACAAUCAGGCAGAUUGUUCCGUGGAACCAUUACUGAAGGAUCUGAAAAGCGAUCAGUGAUUGUAAAAACAUGGGAUUUUUUCCUUCCUUUGGACAGAGCAUAUGCUUAUCGUCCAUCUAAAUUUUGUGAUGAGAUUGAGUUAUAUGAAACAGCAAAUGUGCAUCCACAUUUAGCAAAGUUAUCUAGGUACUGUUGCGAUAGGAGGCUUGCAGUUGUCUAUGAUGAGGAACUUACCACGGUUUUGUCUGAUGUGCUUCCGGCUGAUGACUUUGGGUGGGAUAAGCGGAUGAAUGUGGCAACUCAACUUGCAGAUCUGUUGGCAUGGUUGCAUAAAAAUAAAAUUGCAGUUGGCAGUAUCACAGCUUCAUGCAUUAUGAUAGAUAAGGAAGUGAAUAUUAAAGUGUUUGACUUUGGUUACAUUUGCAAUCGUGUCAACGAGGAUUCUGUAAUUCCUCUUGAUUAUGUUGUUGGCAGAUAUCCUGAGGAUGUUUCUAAAGGUUGGCGUUGGACGAUGAAAUCUGAUGUUUAUAUAUUUGGUCUUCUACUGAUGGAGUUGAUAACCAAAACGAAGCUUGGUUCUAAUCCUUCCGUUCUCGAUAAUUGUAAAGCGGGCUCUUUUGUUCAUAAAUGCUUCGAAGAUGCUGAUGAUCAAACUGUAUCUGAUAUCACGUUGCUGACUUGCCAUUGCGUGAGUACUGAUCCAGGCGAAAGGCCAACAAUGAAGAUGGUUUUAAACGAUUUGGAUAAACUAAGGAAGAGAGAGGGAAAACGAAAAAGAGAUGAAAAUGAGUCCACUAUAGAAUAAGUUUAUCCCUUCUUUUAGCUACUUUUUAACUUUUGUAUUAACUAAAUUGCAAGAUUGUUGCAAUGCAAGUGAUGGAACUUUAUGAAUGAUCCCUGGUGGGGUUUGAAUUGGAGAUUUUCAAAUUAUUAGCUAUUACUGUUUUAACUAGUCGCACAAUGUGUCCCCACAGGAAUGGAUUGUUUGUGUUGGUAUUUGAAAGUUUGUAUAUUCCCACAAUUAUUCUUUGGUAUCCACAUUAUUCCACUCGCGUAAUAUGAAGCAGACAAAGUAUGUCA